AGGCGGCCAUCUUGGUAAAGGUUUCAACUCUGGGUGACGCUAUCUGACGCUACUGAAUGUCCCCGGCUCUCUAAUGUUGGUUUAGGACUUGUCUGUGUCAGAAGGCGACCGUGGACAUAUUGGAAGUGGCACUCUGCGCAUCCCUGAGAGACCAGCGUAGUGCGGCGGCCAUAUUGGUGGUGGCGGAAGAGGCGCUAGUAGUUAUUGGCAAGUAAUCUGUUGCAUAGCACAGCAAGUGUAGCUGCUCAGGAGUGUGCGAUACCCCUUGUUCUAUCCGUAAAUUCAAUGGAGGAAAGCUAUUAAAUGUGAAGAGCUGAUGGUCUGGCAGUUUCGAUGUGAAGAAAGUAUGGCACUUGUGCAGGAUUAGGUUUCUAAAGACACCAUCUGAAGGGAGUUGGGAGGCUGAUGGAUGCUGAUAUAUGAUAAAGGCUAUUGAGGAAUUUUAUGGCAUGAGAGAGCAUGGUGUGAGCUGUAGUACCCAUCAUGCGCCUAUCUGCCAUUCCUGGGUAUCCAAGUUUCCACUUUGCGCUCCUCUUCUUCACUCUCUUUUUGACCCCUCUCUGUUUCCGUAGCUUGCUGUACUCUCCCUUGUUCUCGCGUAGGCUUCACCUCCAGCGCUUGAGUCAUGAGUUCCUACAUCAGAACCUGAGGGAUGGGGCUGACGCCAUGCAACACUUCCAGCGGAUGAUGUCCUCCUCCAGCACCCUCCCACCAAACGUCUCUGUUCCCUGCAUCCACAGGCCCACAGGCAGCCUCCACCCAUCACAUGCCAGUGGAGACACCCCCCUUGUUAUUACCGUUAUAACAACAAGGCGCCGACCUGAAUACCAUUACCUCCUGCAGGUGGCACAUGGCUUUCUGAAGAGGCUGUCUGAGUGUGGGCAAGACUGUGCCAAUUUUCAGCUUUUCAUUUGCAAUGUAGACCCUAUACCAAGUGCCCAUGCUGAUGCCUGUCUUCUCUCCCAUCUCCUGCCAUCAGUGAUGCACCACCUGAAUGAACAACUAGCAGAAGCCCCCAACCGCUUUGAGCAAGAGAAACAGGAUUAUGCUUUCUGCCUGUCUCGCACUCUGGAUGCCUAUUCUCCAGAUUAUGUGCUGCUGGUGGAGGAUGAUGCUGUCCCAUUCACGGAUAUUUUCAGUGCCUUUUUCCAUUUGGUGCAUGUGCGGUUCCCACAGGAACCUCUAGGGGGCGGCCUGUACGCAAAGUUUUACCAUCCAGAGAGACUGCAAGGUUAUUUGAACCCAGAGCCUAUGCGGAUAGUGGAGUGGAUUGGCCUGGGAGGGCUAGCGGGUCUGGUUCUCUCCUGGCUGUACAAAGUCAUCUUUCCCAAACAGCGUUUCAGUUUGUGGAUGUUUGUGGCUUUUGCAGUUUAUGCCAUGUUGCUGGCAGAGCUUGCAGGGCGGCAUUAUCUUCUGGAACUGCGGAGGCUGUCGCCUGCCCUUUACAACGUGGUUCCUGUUACAGAGUGCUGCACUCCAGCCAUGUUGUUCUCUAAAGACUCUGCCCGGAGAACCCUGGGUUACCUGGAGGAAAUGCAGUGUAAGCCCGGUUAUGCCAAGGACAUUGCUCUGUACAAGGAGCUCAGAAAAAGGGGGGAGUGGGCGUGGGCACUAGAACCCAACUUGGUGAAACAUGUGGGUAUGUUCUCCACACUCAGAGGGUCAUAUGAAGAUGAGGAGCCACUGUUGCUAUGAUUUUUGGUGUUCCUUUCUUUUUUGAAGGCAUAGUCACCAGAGCUUGCACUUAUGUUUGGUUAAUUUAGUUAACCAUCUCUGUAGCAGUGAUGAAAUGCGCAAUAUAUCUUUCCUACAAGUGUGGUAACGUGUGUGGUAACGACAACUCACUCGGGAUACUCUAUUUUUGGUAGAAGCUAAACCUAAAGGUGCAUACACACUUGCCCAAUGUGUAUGCUGAGCGAUGAUGUGAAAAUCGCUGGGCGGAAAAUCAUUAAGUGUAUACACACUUAGUUAUUUUCACCCGGCCCAGGGUUGAACCACUUUCCACAGUAGGAAACUGGAAAGUGGUUCACUCGGCCAGUAAAACAGGCCGACGGACUGCGGCGGCCAGCGAUGAUGCGGGAGUGUGCCCCAGUGCUCACCGCCCGGCCAUACACAUUAGGAGGUUUUGAGUUCAAAGUAGCUCAAAAUGCCAAACGUGAGCUACUUUGAGCUCAAAAUCGCCUAGUGGGUAUGGGCCUUAAGACAUAGAUGCAUGUGUAAGGUGGAACCAGUUUGUUUUCCUGCAGUAAAAAUAGCAAAUUAGGGCGGCUGGUAUAAGGCUUGUUCAGUUGCUCUACUUUGAAUUCCAAAUUCAGUAACAUGAAGACAUUUUCACUUAUUACCGCAUAAACAGCAGCUUUCCAGCCGCUUGCUUGUGUGGUUAGACCAGGCCUGGCCAAGCUAUGGCUCUCUAGCUGUUGUGAAAGUACACAUCCCAGCAUGCCCUGCAACAGUUUUAGCACUCCCUAAUGGAAAAACUGUGGCAGGUCAUAUUGGGACUUGUAGUUUCACAACAGCUGGAGAGCCAUAAAUUGGCCAUGCCUGGGUUAGACCAUCAUAGUUUCUAUGUAGGAGAUUCUGCAUAAUAACCUGACAUAAAUAAAAAAAAAAAAAAAACAAGCCAGCGUUGAAUGAUUGGCAGCAAUGUAAAAUGGGUGAGAAUAGAAUUCAUGAAUAUGUCGUAGGUUUAGAUUGGUCAGGUUGCUGUACAGACGCACCUGCAUAGUUACCUCCGCAUCUCUCAGCCAUGAAUGGAUAGGAAGCCGCUGAGAACCGGAGAAUAUAUUUUAUUUUUAUUUUUUAAUUGUUGUCCUUACACAUUAUGUUUUAGCUAUAGGCUUUUGGAUGGAGAAUCCUUGAAGACAUUGGUUCAUUUUUGCCAUUUUAAUGUUAAUAAUUUGUUAUCUAAUGUAAAUCUAUUCAUUGAGGACUGCCAUAAAUUGCUGUAUCAUCAUAUCUACAGAGUAAAAUACACUGGCCUGUAUAAUAAGGAAUAGGGGCAUUAUCACAAAACAAAGCUUAUCCUUUCCUGUACUCUCAGCCUUUGUUCUGCCACAGCAAGCUAUAGCGAAGCUUAAAAUCUGUGGCUGGCGUUCUCCAGACAGCCGAAGCCAGGGAAUAACCUUGACGGGUGUGCUAUAGAAGAUCUACAAUGUCUAGGUCAACCCCACACGGUCGACACUGACAAAAGGUUGACAUGUUUUAAGCUGACAUGAAAAUGUCGACAUGGAAAAUGGUCGACAAAAAAUAAAAGUAGAUACAACUUUUUUUAAUUUUUAUUUUUGGUGUCGUUUUCACCGUCAGAACACAUGGAACCCCAAUAAGUACCGCGUCCCCGUGCAUGGCUCACCAUGCAGAUUACUAUUCCCAAUCUUAGUUCAUGUGAAUGGUAAAGUAUAAAAAAAGGUGUAAAAAAAUGUGCAAAAAAAAAAAAAACAACUUAAAAAGUAGUGUUGACUUUUUGUCAGUGUCGGCCUAAUGUCUGUUGACCAUAUGGGGUCGUCCUAGACAUUGUCUCAACAUUGGAAUCCGACCUUGACCACAAAAUACUCUGUGUAAUCACCACUCAUCAGAGUGUUAAUCGCGAUGUAUUUAGGCGAUGUUGUCCUGUCGUUAGGUCGAUAACUGUGAAAUGCUACCUGAACAAUUGUUUUUCCCGCACCGGCAGCACUACUGUAAACAUGAUUAUUUACCAUCAUGUUUACAGUUGUACUGCUGGCGCUUGUAAAAUGCUUUAGAUAAGUAGCACGUGCCGACCUAAUGGUGCUUGUUGAUAUUCUGAUGGUUCAAAAGACGUAUGUGUCCUGUUUUAAGUUACUGUACCUUAAUCAAAGAUUAGCCAAUAUUUUCUAAUGUAUAGCGAAUACAAACUUUUUGAUGUAGAAGCCACCUUUUUACUGGAGAUACAAAUGAUGUUGUCCAUAAAUUAUAUUUUUGUUGUAUAUGUCUGUAGCUUGUUGGCUACCCUAUAACACUGCUCUUACAACCUUUCUCAAAGGUUUACAGACCUUUCUAUUAAGAAGUACAGUCUCUGACUAGUGUGAAAGUGACUGAACAAAAGAUACAACCUUUUUAAGCUACAGUACCAUGUGAUUUCUCUGACGUCCUAGUGGAUGCUGGGAACUCCGUAAGGACCAUGGGGAAUAGACGGGCUCCGCAGGAGACUGGGCACUCUAAAAGAAAGAUUGGGUACUAUCUGGUGUGCACUGGCUCCUCCCUCUAUGCCCCUCCUCCAGACCUCAGUUAGAAUCUGUGCACGGCCAGAGCUGGAUGCACCUAGUGGGCUCUCCUGAGCUUGCUAGAAAGAAAGUAUUUGUUAGGUUUUUUAUUUUCAGUGAGAUCUGCUGGCAACAGACUCACUGCUACGUGGGACUGAGGGGAGAGAAGCAAACCUACCUGUGUGCAGCUAGCUUGUGCUUCUUAGGCUACUGGACACCAUUAGCUCCAGAGGGUUCGAACACAGGGCCUGACCUCGAUCGUCCGUUCCCGGAGCCGCGCCGCCGUCCACCUUGCAGAGCCAGAAGACAGAAGAAGGAGAUAAAAUCGGCGGCAGAAGACUCCGGUCUUCAUUAAGGUAGCGCACAGCACUGCAGCUGUGCGCCAUUGCUCCCACUGCACACCACACACUCCGGUCACUGUAGGGUGCAGGGCGCUGGGGGGGGGGGGCGCCCUGGGCAACAAUAAGUAUACCUUUUGGCAAUAUAUACACAUAAUACAGUCUGGAAAACCUGUAUAUGUGUAAAACCCCGCCAUUUUUAGUCAGAAACAGGACAGAAGCCCGCCGCUGAGGGGGCCGGGCCUUCUUCCUCAGCACACCAGCGCCAUUUUCUCUUCACAGCUCCGCUGGAAGGAAGCUCCCCAGGCUCUCCCCGGCAGUAUCCUGGUACACAAAGGGUGAAAAGAGAGGGGGGGGCACAUAAAUUUAGGCGCAAAAAAAAUUGUAUAUACAGCAGCUACUGGGUAAACGCUGAGUUGUAGUGUAAGCCCUGGGUUAUAUAGCGCUGGGGUGUGUGCUGGCAUACUCUCUCUCUGUCUCUCCAAAGGGCCUUGUGGGGGAACUGUCCUCAAAUAGAGCAUCCCCUGUGUGUGUGGUGUGUCGGUACGCGUGUGUCGACAUGUCUGAGGUAAAAGGCUCCUCUAAGGAGGUGAUAGAGCGGAUAUGUGUGUGAGAGGGUGUCUCCGUCGACAACGCCGACACCCGUUUGGAUAUGUGUAAGUGCUCAGGUGAAUUUAUUGCACAAAAAGACUGGAAAUCUAACCAUGUCUGUCCCUAUGUCACAGAGACCUUCAAAGUCUCUCAAUGCUCACUAUCCAUAAUAACAAACACUGGUAUCGACAUGGAGUUUAACUCCACUGUCGACUACGAUAAUGCAAAGUUACAUCCAAGAUGGCUAUAAGGUAUUCAAUAUAUGAUUAUUGAAAUAAUAGAUGAUUUGCAUAUCACUGAUGACUCAUCUGUCCCUGACACGAGAGUACACAUGUUUAAGGGGAAGAAUGCUGAGGUAAAUUUCCCUCCUCUCAUGAGGAAAAAGAGCGGGAAUCUCCAGACAAGAGACGGCAGCUUCCCACAAGAGAAUUCUCAGGCUGUAUCCUUUCCCCACUAGGGCCAGGAUAUGUUGAGAAUCUUCCCCUGGGGUGUCCUGUUUGCACAGACUGUAGCACUUGCUAUUCUCAGGGAUCCUGCAGAUAGCGUGCACAUUCUAGUAUACUACCCAGCCCGGCGAUUGUGUCGGCAUGGGUUUAUAGCGCUGUGGCAGCGUGGACAGGUACCUUAUCAGCAGAGAUGAGACCCUAGUAUGCAAUAUAAAUAUGUUAAAGAUGCUGUCUUAAGUGAUAGAUAUAUAGUUAUAAAGCAUGCCCAAAGAGACAUGAGUAUACUGGGUCCUAGAGUCAAAGCUAUGUCGAUCUCUGCUUGACGUGUCCUGUAGAAUAUGCAUUGGACAGAUGAUGCCGACUUAAGAGGCAUAAGGAAGGCUGAGGAUUGUGUGGAGAAGGGUUCUCGGGCCUGGUCUCCACAGCUAUAGCUGGUAUUUCUGCUAGUUUGCCUUAUAUUCCUGCACAGCCUAAGAAAGCACGACAUUAUUAAAUGCAGCCUUUCGUAUAAAGAAACAAGAAAGUCUGAGGGGCGUCCUUUCUUGUCAGAGCCGGGCAGCUAGUUCCCAGGGACAGAAGUCCUCCCCGGCCCCUACAAAAAUCCACCAAUGUCGCUGGGGCUCCACAGGCGGAGCUAGGCCCGGUAGGGACACGCCUUCGUAAGUUCAGCCACAAGUGGGUUCACUCCCUGUUCGAUCCCUGGGCAAUAGAUAUUGUGUCUCAGGGAUACAAGCUGGACUGUGAGAAGAUGCCCCUCUCACUGACGGCCCUGCGGGCUUCCCCCCAAGAGAGGGAGCCAGUGUUAUCUGCAAUUCACAAAUUGUAUCUUUAACAGGUGGUGGUCAACAAGAGGGUGUUAUUAUUAGACCAUGUUGUAAUCCCGAAACCAGACGGUUCGGUCAGACCCAUAUUGAAUUAAAAAUCCCUGAACAUAUACCUGAAAAGGUUCAAGUUCAAGAUGGAAUCGCUAAGAGCGGUCAGUGCAAGCCUAAAAAGGUGGAGACUUUAUUGUGAAUCGGGACAUAAGGGAUGCAUACCUUCAGGUCCCCAUUUAUCCACCUCAUUAGGUGUACCUCAGAAUUGCGGUACGGGAUUGUCAUUACCAAUUUCAGAUGUUGCCGUUUGGUCUCUCCACGGCCUCGAGAAUAUUCACCAUGGUAAUGGCGCAUAUGAUUGUGCUCCUGCGGAAGCAAGGUGUCACUAUUAUCACGUACUUGGACGAUCUCCUCAUAAAAGCGAGAUCAAGAGAGCAGUUGCUGAACAGCGUAUCACUUUCUCUGGAAGUGUAACGGCAACACGGCUGGAGUCUAUAUGUUCCAAAGUCGCAGUUGUUUCCUACAGCUCAUCUGCCUCUCCUAGGCACGACCCUAGGCACAGACCAGAAAAGGGUCAUCUCCCGAUAGAGAGAGCUCAGGAGCUCAUGACACUGGUCAGGAAUCUAUUAAAACCAAAACAGGUGUCAGUGCAUCACUGCACUCGAGUCCUGGGAAGGAUGGUGGCAUCAUACGAGGCCAUCCCCUUAGGCAGGUUCCAUGCGAGGACCUUCCACUGGGACUUACUGGACAAGUGGUCCGGAUCACCUCUUCAGAGGCAUCGGUUAAUCACCCUAUCCCCCAGGGCCAGGGUGUCUCCUGUGGUGGCUGCAGAGUGCUCACCUUCUCGAGGGCCGCAGAUUCGGCAUUCAGGACUGGAUCCUGGUGACCACGGAUGCAAGCCUCCGAGGGUGGGGGGCAGUUACACAGGGAAGAAAUUUCCAAGGUCUGUGAUCGUCAACUGACUUGCCUUCACAUCAAUAUCCUGGAACUAAGGGCCAUAUACAACGCCCUAAGUCAAGCGGAGAUCCUGCUUCGCGACCAACCGGUUCUGAUCCAGUCAGACCGCAGGGGUUCAUGUAAACCGCCAAGGCGGCACAAGGAGCAGGGUGGCGAGGGUAGAAGCCACCAGAAUUCUUCGCUGGGCGGAGAAUCAAGUAAGCGCACUGUCAGCAGUGUUCGUUCCAGGAGUGGACAUCUGGGAAGCAGACUUCCUCAGCAGGCACGACCUCCACCCGGGAAAGUGGGGAAUUCAUCAGGAAGUCUUCACGCAGUUUGCAAAUUGAUGGGAACUGCCUAAGGUGGACUAGAUGGCGUCCCACCUCAAUAAAAAGCUAAAAAAGGUUUUACGCCGGGUCAAGGGACCCUCAGGUGAUAGCUGUGGUCGCACUAGUAACACCGUGGGUGUUCCAGUCGGUCUCUGUAUUCCCUCCUCUUCCUCUCAUACCCAAGGGCUGAUGAAUUGUAAUAAAAGGAGGAGUGAAAACAAUAUUCUUUGCUCCGAAUUGGCCAAGAAGGACUCGGUACCCGGAGCUGCAGGAAAUGCUCUCAGAGGACUCAGGGCUUCUGCCUCUCAGACAGGACAUGUUGCAACAAGGGCCCUGUCUGUUCCAAAAUUUACCGCGGAUGCAUUUGACGGCAUGGCGGUUGAACGCCGGAUCCUAGCGGAAAAGGGCUUUCCGGAUGCAGUUAUUCCUACGCUGAUAAAGGCUAGGAAAGACGUGACAGCAAGACUUUUUCACUGUAUAUGGCGAAAAUAGGUUGCUUGGUGUGAGGCCGGGAAGGCCCUACAGAGGAAUUCCAGCGGGGUCGAUUCCUGCACUUCCUACAGUCAGGAGUGACUAUGGGCCUAAAAUUAGGAUCCAUAAAGGUCAAGAUUUCGGCCCUAUACAUUUUCUCUAAAAAUGAACUGGCUUCACUGCCUGAAGUUCAGACGUUGUUCCGGGGGUGCUGCAUAUUCAGACUCCUUUUGUGCCACCGGUGGCACCUUGGGAUCUUAACGUUGUGUUGGAUUUCCUGAAAUCCCACUGGUUUGAGCCACUUAAGACCAUGGAGCUAAAAUAUCUCACGUGGAAAGUGGUCAUGCUAUUGGCCUUAGCUUCGGCUAGGCGUGUGUCAGUAUUGGCGGUUUUGUCAUGUAAAAACUCUUAUCUGAUCUUCCAUAUGGACAGGGCAGAAUUGAGGACUCGUCCCCAAUUUCUUCCUAGGGUGGUAUCAUCGUUUCAUUUGAACCAGCCUAUUGUGGUGCCUGCGGCUACUCGGGACUUGGAGGAUUCCAAGUUGCUGGACGUAGUCCGGGCUUUGAAAAUUUGUUUCCAGAAAGGCGGGAGUCAGAAAGUCUGACUCGCUGUUUAUUCUGUAUGCAGCCAAUAAGGUUGGCGCUCCUGCUUCGAAGCAGACUAUUGUUCGCUGGAUCUAUAGCACGAUUCAGCUGGUUCACUCUGCGGCUGGAGUGCCGCAUCCAAAAUGGUAAAAGCCCAUUCCACAAGGAAGGUGGGCUCUUCUUGGGCGGCUGCCCGAGGGGUCUCGGCUUUACAGCUUUGCCGAGCUGCUACUUGGUCGGGGUCAAACAAGUUUGCUAAGUUCUACACGUUUGAUACCCUGGCUGAGGAGGACCUUGAGUUUGCUCAUGCGGUGCUGCAGAGUCAUUCGCACUCUCCCGCCCGUUUGGGAGCUUUGGUAUAAUCCCCAUGGUCCUUACGGAGUUCCCAGCAUCCACUAGGACGUCGGAGAAAAUAAGAAUUUACUCACCGGUAAUUAUAUUUCUCGUAGUCCGUAGUGGAUGCUGGGCGCCCGUCCCAAGUGCGGACUCUCUGCAAUACAUGUAUAUAGUUAUUGCUUAACUAAAGGGUUAUUGUUAUGAGCCAUCUGUUACUGAGGCUCAGUUGUUGUUCAUACUGUUAACUGGGUAUGGUUAUCACAAGUUGUACGGUGUGGCUGGUAUGAGUCUUACCCUGGAUUCCAAAUCCUUUCCUUGUUGUGUCAGCUCUUCCGGGCACAGUUUCCUUAACAAAGGUCUGGAGGAGGGGCAUAGAGGGAGGAGCCAGUGCACACCAGAUAGUACCUAAUCUUUCUUUUAGAGUGCCCAGUCUCCUGCGGAGCCCGUCUAUUCCCCAUGGUCCUUACGGAGUUCCCAGCAUCCACUACGGACUACGAGAUAUAGAAUUACCGGUGAGUAAAUUCUUAUUUUUUCAGGCAUCUGGUUUUCAGCAAAUAUUAUUCUCCCCAUCAAAAAAUUGUUAGUUGUGAACCGUUUUCUGCUGCCUUAUGUAUAAAAUGGUUCCGGUAUGAAUGGUCGACCAUGUUAUGGUCGACAGUCAUUAGGUCGACGACUAUUGGUCGACAUUGACAUGGUCAACAUGGACACAUGGUCGACACAUGAAAAUGGUAGACCUAUGAAAAGGUCGACAUGAGUUUUUUAACUUUUUUUUGUGUCGUUUUUUGCGUAAAGUGACUGGGAACCCCAAUUAGUGUACCGCGUCCCCUCGCAUGGCUCGCUUCGCUCGCCAUGCUUCGGGCAUGGUGCCUUCGCUCCGCUACCGCUUCGCUCGGCACACUUUACCGUUCCAAUCGUAGUCCAUGUGUAUCGUAAAGUAUGGAAAAGUUCCCCAAAAGAAAAAAAAGUUAAACUCAUGUCGACCUUUUCAUGUGUCGACCUUUCAUGUGUCGACCAUGUCAAUGUCGACCUAAUUACUGUCGACCAUAACAUGGUCGACCAUGUGAACGGAUACCGUAUAAAAUACAGCUCUCUUGAAUGCUGAUUGAGAAGACCCUUUUUUUUCCUGAAGGUUUAGUUUCAGAAGACAUUAGCCAAGUGACUCUGCAAAUAACACUUUUGAGCUUUCACGGUGCACUUUCUUGUUAUCGAUUGGUGUCUGACUACUUUUAAGUCUGGAUAUUUCACAUUUAAUUUACUUAGAAGAUUAUAUAUUUUUCAUAUGCUGUUAUAUGGAUGCACUCC